UGGUCCCAUUGUCACGGGCAGACAAUCGCCGUAGACCGCUGCUUCUUCUCCAGUCGCCGUCAUGUCACCGCUGGUAGUCUACGUCGUCGCCAUCACUGCUGCCUGCUUAGUAGCUCAGCCCGCCGCCGGGGGCCCGGUUGACUGCAACGAUUCACACGGGCAACUGACGCAGCCACCGCCAACGAAAGACCUGCUCAAGUGGAAGCCCUGGUGCCCCUCUGGUUGUCCACAAGGAGGGUGCGUUCGCUACAACACGUGCAACUGCGGCCGCGGUUACAAGGACGAGAGGACGGACUUUGAGGUGAGGUCCAAGGCCCCCAUCCGCUGCAAGCCGGUGUGCACCAACGGCUGCAUCAACGCGGACUGCGUGGCUCCGGAGACGUGUCGCUGCUGGCCGGGGUACGGCAUGAUGACGGGCAUCAGCAACAAGUGCUUCUGGGGUGUGAUGGGCGGCGGGGACGCACAACUGGAACUUGCCGUCAUGUCGUCGCUGGUAGUCUACGUCGUCGUCUUCAUAGCUGCCUGCGCCGCGGCUCAAAGCGCGAGCAAGAUUGUACCAGGACCUGCAGUCAGCGGUACGGUCGACUGCUACGACGAAAACGGGAAGCUGCGGCAUCCACGGCCGACGAGUAACCUGCUCGACUGCAAGCCAUGGUGCCCUCCAGGCUGUCCAGAAGGGGGAUGCUUUCGUCACAACAGGUGUAACUGCGGCACUGGUUACAAGGACGCGAGAACGCGAGAUGAGAUGAAGGCAAAGGCUCCCGUCAGAUGUGAGCCCGUAUGCAGAUAUGGGUGUGUCAACGGGGACUGCGUGGCCCCAGAGACAUGCGAGUGCUGGGAGGGCUAUAUGAAGGACCCUCUCCGUAUCAACACCUGCGUGUGGGGUGACUAACUGCAUACACAGCUGGCUUCCUACUUCACAGCACCAGAUUCCGGAAGCAGCGAUUAUCUCUUAUCACUACAAGUGUCAAGCAUCAGGAUACGAGUGUCAUUUCACAGAUAGUACAAACCUUCUUUUCGCAAGGUAAACAUCAAAUGUAUCACUUUUUGGUGGAGCAAAGCCUCUGAAGCUCACUGUAUUUGGAUAAUUAAAGUUAAAUAACUGUAUGUAUUCCUUCAAAAUAAAUAAAUGACACUAAUUAUUAAAGUA